CACGUAUGUUGUAUUAUAAAGAGGGAAGUUCUAUUAUACAUGUCGCAAAAUAAGUGUCUAAACGAUUUUUGUUAAGCGAUGUAGGUUUUACGAUCCCUAGACAAAAUUUAAUUUGAGUACACAUCAAGGCAAUUAUACUCUUUGAGAAUCAAUUCGAUUUACUUCCGUAUUCAAAAUAUUGGAUUACACAAUGGCGACAUUUACAUCAUCUACACCUUUUGUAAAUUAUACAACAAAUGUAAUAUCCACGAUUGGACCUAUACCAGUUUUACCAGUUACAUACAAACCGAUAGAAGGUGGAGACAUUGCAUUAACAUUAAUUGCAAGUACAUUGUCAAUAUUCGGUGCAAUUUUAAUAUUCGUGGCAUAUUGUGUGACCGAUAGCUUCCGACCAGAAAAUGAAACCAGAAGACUAUUGAUAUAUUUAACUGUAUCAGAUUUAAUCGUUGCUUUUGGCAAUUUCGGAGGAACGAUAAGAUAUAAAGCUGUAUUUGGCGAUAAAGAAUUUUCUCUGAAUUGUACUAUGGACACUAAAUGUGAUCUAUUUUGUGUUGUUCAGAGUUUUAUUUCUGCCACAGCAUCCAUGUGGUCGUUCUUCUGGAAUACAGCAAUUGCUAUCCAUAUAUGUGUUGCUUUGGUUUACUGCCGACAUGGUUCAUGGCCUUGGAAGAUGAAAAUAUUUACUCAUUCUGUAUGUUGGUUGGUGCCUUUGAGUAUAACUAUAGCUGCCGUUAGUAACGAUGUUCUAGGGGAAGACUUUUCCCAAGGAACCGGUGCCUGGUGCUGGAUCUCUUCCUGUAUUGAUAAGAACGCCAGAACAUUAUGGAUGGUGGUUACCGGUAAAGGAUGGGAAAUCACAUGGUAUUUUGUGACUUGCAUUAUGUUCUUUUUUGUAAAAGGAUACAUGUGGAAACAGAGACGAAGACACAAUCGACGUCAUUUCAGUGAAGUAUCAGAACGACUGAGAGCCGAAGAUGAAAAUUAUCUUUACUUAUGGUUGAUCGGGUAUUGUCUCAGAAUAUGGGGAACAUGUCGAUUUUUCUUAUAUGCGUUACGACGGCAUACAGAUAAUCCACUGUCUCAUUUUGACUCUACAGAUGAUGUGUUUCUUCAUUUACAAAGUUUUGGAGACAGUGCGCAGGCGUUUUGCACGUGUAUUUUAUUUUGCUUCUUAGAUAAGACUACGAGACAUCACCUCUACAAAAAACUGUGUUGCAAAAAAUCUGAUGAAGAGGAACUAAGACCAAUUAUAAACGAAAAAACAAAUAGCAAUUAUUCUGUUUAAAAAUGAAUAACAUUUUUUUUUGGAUAUACGUUUUAGUAUGUAAUUGAUAAAUAAUAAGAAUUUUGGUUGAUCUGGUAACCAUGACGGUGACAGCUAAUGCCCCUUUAAUAAAAACUGUGUUGAUGGUAAAACUAAGUAAUAACUUUCUUUCAACUGCUGUAUGUAGUAUUUUUUUUUUAAUUGAUUGCUCAACGCUAUCCAAAAAAUCUUCAAGUGGUAUCUUUUUAAAACGUAUUAUUUUAUCUAGGCGACCUUGCGUGAGUGUAUAAGAAAUAAUUAAUUAAAAUAAUAAAAUCAAUAAAAUUGAUUACGAAAUUUUAAAAUUACUUGUAUCUAAUCAAAUGCAUGAUUUCAAAUGUAAAAUAUGAAAUAAUAUCAAAAAGGAUUGUGAUUUAAAAAAAAUGUUUUUAAAUGAGAAUAUUCAAUUCGUAGUGUCAUCGUAUCGUAAAACACGACGUUCAACGUUUAAAAUCAUGCACAAUUUCUGUAUACGAGUUAAUAAAUGAUGAUGCGUUUCGUUUUAUCUUCAUCUUCACGUAAAACAUUGAGAGAAAAAACAUGAACAAAGUAAGGAUAGAGAUAUGACGAUCUUUAGACACCUAAUUAGGUGUCCUGAAUUUAGGUCGAAAUGUGUGAUAUAUCCUAAGUUACGAUAGAUUCUAGAACACGACUUAUGAUAAAGUCUUGUCAUAAAAUGGUCUUAGGACACGUCCUAAUCCUA